GAAGAAAAAGUGGCCAUGGAACUAGCAGCUCAAAGUUUUAACACCACCUCACAAAGUUACAAGCUAUUCCUUCAUUUCCGGAACCCUGGAAGAGAUCCCCUCCAAACUGUUUCAGCAGCUGAAAAGCUGAUUAUUGAAAAGGAAGUUGCAGUGAUUAUUGGCAUGGAGACAUGGGGACAAACAGCUCUAGUUGCUGAAAUUGGAAACCGAGCUCAAGUUCCCAUUGUUUCAUUUGCAGAACCUGCCAUAACUCCACCACUAACACCAACUCGUUGGCCUUUCUUAGUAACAAUGGUUAACAAUAGAGCUGAACAGAUAAGAUGCACUGCAGCUCUGGUUGGUUCCUAUAAUUGGAGAAGGGUUAUUGUGAUUUAUGAAGAUGAUUCAAUCGGUGGAGAUACUGGGGACUUGGCUCUUUUGUCAGAGGUUCUUCAAAAUAUUGGUUCAGAGAUUGAGCACCGAUUGGUUCUUCCAUCAUUUUCUCAUUUGUCUAAUCCAAAAGAAUUUGUACAAGGAGAGCUGGAGAAACUUCUUAUUAGAACACAAUCUCGGGUUUUUAUUGUUCUUCAAUCAUCAACACCUAUGACAAUUCACCUUUUUAGACAAGCAAGAAAGAUAGGACUUGUGGGGAAAGACACUGUUUGGAUUAUUACAGAAACUAUCACAAGUUUGCUUGACUCAUUCAACACUUCUGUUAUCUCCUCUAUGGAAGGUGUUCUCGGAAUCGAGACCUACUUUUCUGAAUAUACUACUUCUUACAGGGACUUUAAAACUAAAUUCAGAACAAAAUUUCGAUCCGAGUAUCCUGAGGAUGAUGACUCUGACCCUGGAAUUUAUGCCUUAAGGGCUUAUGAUAGCAUUAAAACAGUUAUACAAGGCUUGGAUAAAAUUACUAGUGACAAUAACAGUUUGCUAGAAAAUCUAUUAUCAACCAAUUUCACGGGCUUAAGUGGCCAAAUAAGUUUCGCAGAAAGAAAGCUCUUGCAAACUUCAACAUUAAGAAUCAUAAACGUGGUUGGCAAGAAAUACAACGAGCUAGACUACUUUUGGCUGCCUGAGUUUGGAUUCUCAAAGGACCUUGUAAUAGAAAAGGGAAGCAAAGUUGUUGACAUCAGUGAAGAAAUGGAUGGUGCAGUGAUUUGGCCUGGGGAUUUAAACCGAAAUCCAAAAGGUUGGGCUAUGCCCACUGACGCAAAGCCUUUGAAAAUUGGAGUUCCGGGUAGAACUGCAUUCGAUAAAUUUGUCAGCGUUAAAUUCAAUAGCAAUCCGCAGGAGAAUAAAUAUGAUGGUUUUUGCAUUCAACUUUUCUAUGAAAUACUGAAUGUUUUGGACUAUGCUCUACCUUACGAAUUUAUUCCCUACAACGGCACCUACGAUGAUCUGGUUUAUCAUGUCUAUAACAAGACAUAUGAUGCUAUUGUGGGCGAUGUAACAAUACUAGCCAACAGAACAAAACUUGUGGAAUUUACUCAGCCCUACUCAGAGUCAGGCUUGUCCAUGAUAGUUCCAGUUAAGACCGAAGAAUCAGCAUGGAUGUUCCUGAAGCCUUUUACCUGGGAAAUGUGGACGGUAACCGGAGCCAUCUUGUUCUACACAAUGCUGGUAAUCUGGUUCUUGGAGCAUCAACAAAAUCCAGAAUUCGGUGGCCCAUGGAGAAAUCAGAUUGCCACAGCUCUUUGGUUCAUUUUCUCUUCUCUUUUCUUCGCUCACAGUGAGAGAGUCUCUAGCAACCUCACUCGAUUGGUGGUUAUAGUGUGGCUAUUUGUGGUGCUAAUCUUAAACUCAAGCUACACAGCUAGUCUUUCUUCAAUGCUCACUGUGCGAAGACUGAAACCGAAUGUGACAGACAUUGAGUGGCUUAAGAGAACCAAUGCGAAAGUAGGUUGUGACCCAGAUUCGUUUGUGAUGAAAUACCUGGAGAAUGUGCUUGAAUUCAAACCAGAGAACAUCUUGACAGUUGACCGCGAAUACAAAUAUCAAGAGGAACUCAAAAGCAACGUCAUAGCUGCUGCCUUUCUUGAAAUCCCGUAUGCGAAAGUUUUUACAUCAGAGUACUGCAACCAAUUCUCCGCCAUCACACCCUCCUACAGAUUUGGAGGGCUAGGCUUUGUUUUCCCGAGAGGGUCUCCAAUAGCAGCCGAUUUUUCUGAAGCAAUCCUAAAGAUAUCAGAGAACGGAGUUCUCAAGUCUUUAGAGGAAAAGUGUUUUGCCCCCUCAGCUGGCUGCUCAACAAACGUAACCAACAAUGAUUUAACUGAAAGCCUGAGCCUCCACAGCUUUUCAGGUCUCUACCUGAUAUCUGGAUUCAUUUCCACCAUCUGUGCUCUACUAUUUCUGGUUAAAUUACUAACGAAUUAUAGAAAAAACCAAGUUGCAACUCAAGGAAAUACAACUGCAAGUAAUAGAAGCUUUUGGAGCAAGGCCAUAGGACUUGGAAAGUACGUACUUGAUAGAAAGGAAAGAAUAAUUAUCCAGCUUCAACUUGUGCGCGAACAGCUGAUGAACGGAGGAACUCUUCGAGAUGGAAGUAUGUAAAUCCAUCUGAUACUUCAGAUAAUCAGCAGGAAUCCAUUGAAGCUGACAGGGAAAUGCAGUAUAUCCCAGGUUGUAGCUGAGACCAAGAUUCAUGUGUUUAUGAUUGUCCUAAAUGUUUAUAAAUAAUAAUUAAUUCUUUAAAUUCAUUUGUAAACUAUAGAAGUUAAUUGUU